AUGUCCGUGCAGACUUGGAUUCCGCCCGAGAGCGACCCGAAGACGCGUCAUGGGCUCAUGGAUCAGCCUCAAGACAAGGGAGUGCUUGGUCGCUCGGAGCCCAAACCCGGCGAUAACAGACGACAAUACUACAGGUUCCUUCUCCGAAUUGCAACCUUAAACGAAUUCUUCUCCGACUACUGUAAACGGAAGUCAGUCUGCCUUACCUGGCCAGAUGGUCGCAAGCUCGAUCCCUUCUGGUUGGGCUGGAAGGAGUUCGAGAAGGCUGUAGGGUGUCUUGUCUUCCCUCAGCCGGUGACUUCGGGAGAAAGCGAUAUUGCGGGCCCGGGAAAGUUGCCCAAGGACGACGGUUUCUGUCUCGCCAUUGCGGCGCACCCACAAGUUAACUAUCUGAAGAAAUCCAACCCAACAGAGGAGCAAAUCAACGCCAUCAUCAAGGAGCUCAACGACUGCGGCCUUGAAGUCUCACGGUCAGAUCCUCUGUGGUACCGAGGCGGGAUAUUGGACAUAAUGUGGAUGCCCGCUGGUGCUGAUUCCGAAGAAUAG